UCAUGGCCGACGUCGACACACCCCCGGUGCAAGAGGCCGCUACGACCGAACAAAACCCCCUCGCGAACAUGGAAGUCACAGACUCGGCGGCACUGGUCUCCACGAAUCAGGACAGCACUACCCUGGAGCCUAAGAAGAAGACGAAGAAGAUUAUGGUCAAGAAGAAGAGGAGGCCCGCCAGAGUCCAACAAGAAGGCUUCCAGUCAGAAAGACCCGCUCAAACCGGCACAAUUUUCAACAUCUGGUACAACAAGUGGUCUGGCGGUGAUCGCGAAGAUGCCUACUCCUCCAAGCAACAGGCAAAGGGCAGGUGCAAUGUUGCGACCGACUCUGGAUACACAAAAGCCGACAGCAUUCCUGGCAGCUACUUCUGUCUAUUCUUCUCCCGCGGCCUGUGUCCUAAGGGCCAGGACUGCGAGUACCUCCACCGUCUGCCAAAUUCGCGCGUAGAGAAAGAGGGCGGCUUGGGCGACAUCUUCCCUUCCAACGUCGACUGCUUCGGACGUGACAAGUUCAGCGACUACAGGGACGACAUGGGAGGUGUUGGAAGUUUCAUGCGCGUCAACAGAACUUUAUAUGUGGGCAGAAUUCACACAUCAGACGACAUCGAGGAAGUGGUCGCCAGACAUUUCCAAGAGUGGGGCCAGAUCGAGCGCGUGCGCGUGCUGCCAGCUAGAGGUGUGGCGUUUGUGACUUAUGUCCACUUGGCCAAUGCCGAGUUCGCANAAGAGGCCAUGGCGCAUCAACCGCUAGACAACAACGAGACGCUGAACGUGAGAUGGGCAACUGUCGAUCCAAACCCGCAAGCCCAGAAACGAGAAGUGCGUAAGAUCGAGGAGCAGGCAGCAGAUGCGAUUCGCCGUGCUCUACCAGCAGAGUACGUGGCCGAGAUCGAAGGUCGUGGUGAAGGAUGGGAGGAGGCAAGAAAGAGGAGAAAGGUUGAAGGCACAUUUGGAUUGGCCGGAUACGAAGCCAGCGACGAGGUGUGGUAUGCAUCGGAGAAGGCCAGACUUGGAGCACCACAAGAGCCAUAUCUGCUCGAAGCUGGUGACCUAGAGGACGAGGACGAAGGUGCACCGCUCCGGAUCGAGGACAUGAAAAGACAGGAGUCCUCAUCUGGAAUUCUUGGAGGAUCAACGCUGAGUGCAUUGAAAGGCUUCACAGCAGGCUCAGGAGCGGCGGCCAGCAAGGCUCCGGACAAGCCUGCGGGCCCACUGGUUGGAUAUGGGAGCGAUGAUGACAGCGAU